GCGCCCUGGCGUGAUCGGAGGAGCUGAGUGAUCGGAAGUCCUCGUACUAGCCUGACUACUCAUAGGAAGGCGCCGAGGAGCUCGGCCCCGAUGGAACCAGUCGUCGCCAGCCCCGCGGAAGAGGGAGCACCGUCCAAGGACGAGAGGCGUGCAUCUGCCGGAGCGGGGGGUGCUACAGAUACUCUGGCGGGAUCAGGCCACCUCUGGGAGGCCCUCAGGGCCCUGCUGCCACCGCAGGACGAGCUGAGGCUGGAGCUGGGCGACGCGGUGGACAGGAGCGUGGUGAUGCUGGUGCGGCAGACCGCCGAGCUCUUCCACGGCGGCUGGUGGGAUGAGUGUCUGCAGAGCAGCGAGGUGCUACUGGACUACGCCUGGGAGCGGCUCAACACGGGGCCGUGGCGGGACGUGGACAAGGACUGGCGGCGCGUCUACGCCUUCGGCUGCCUACUGAAAGCCCUGUGCCUGUGCCAGGCCCCCCGGGAGGCCUCCACUGUGACCGCGGCUCUGCGGGUCUGCGACAUGGGCCUGCUGAUGGGGGCGGCCAUCUUUGGGGACAUCCUCAUUAAAGUGGCCGCCAUCUUGCAGAAGCACCUGCCUCCUGGAAAGAGGCCUGCCCAGGACCCCUGCCAGGAGCAGCCCGGCGAGAAGAGAGCCAGAAGUGACCCGGUCCUGGUUCCGGAGGUGACACUGGACAGCGCGGUGCCCCGGCUGCACCGCCCGUCUCUCCAACACUUCAAGGAGCACUUCCUGCUGCCCGGGAGGCCAGUGGUCUUGGAGGGCGUGGUGGACCAUUGGCCCUGCAUGAAGAAGUGGAGCUUGGAGUACAUCCAGGAGAUUGCCGGCUGCCGUACUGUCCCAGUGGAGGUGGGGUCCAGGUACACGGACGAGGAGUGGUCCCAGACGCUCAUGACCGUUGGGGACUUCAUCCGCAAGUACAUCGUGGACGAGGCCGGGGACGUCGGGUACCUCGCUCAGCACCAGCUCUUUGACCAGAUCCCGGAGCUGAAGCAGGACAUCAGUAUCCCAGACUACUGCUGCCUGGGCGACGGGGAGGAAGACGAGAUCACCAUCAACGCCUGGUUUGGGCCCCGGGGCACCGUCUCCCCGCUGCACCAGGAUCCCCAGCAGAACUUCCUUGUCCAGGUGUUGGGGAGGAAGUACCUCCGGCUGUACUCGCCGCAGCACUUGGACGCCCUGUACCCUCACGAGACGCCCCUUCUUCACAACACGAGCCAGGUGGACGUGGAGACCCCGGACCUGGAGAGGUUCCCCAGGUUCGCCGAGGCCCCCUCGCUGGCCUGCAUCCUGUCGCCUGGCGAGAUGCUCUUCAUCCCCGCCACGCACUGGCACUAUGUGCGGGCACUUGACCUGAGCUUCUCCGUCAGCUUCUGGUGGGCGUAGCCGGCAGGGGAGCUGCCGGGGUCUGCGGCACCCACAGGCUGCCCUGGGAGCAUGGAGCCACCCCGGGCGAGGCGGGCGUGGCCGAGGAAGGCCGGGAGAACCCAGGGCACUCCAGGCUGCCGGCAUCCAGAGCCGCCGCCGUGUGGGGUGGGCCAUGUGGCGGGCGUGUGUGGGGGGAGGCGAGGACGAGGAUUCAGCCUGGCGGCCCCACCACCAUGCCAUCUCCCUCCGCAGCCAGCGGGCCCCGGGGAGGGUCCUUCCUGGCCUGGUCCGGAGCACGGCGCCCCGAGUGACGGGAGAGCCUCUGUGAGCCUCGCUGCCGCAGGGCCAGCUGCCCAUGGAGGGCACAGGUUUCGAGGAAAGGGCCAGAGCUGCUCUGCACGUGGACGCCGCCCCUCCGCCCCCUCUCCCCCAGAGACCCCACCUUCAGGCUUUCUGUGGACUUUGUUUCACCAUUAAAAGGUCCCCUCUGGGAGAAGCAUAAAUGGGCGGCCGUCCCUAGGGGUUGUCUGUCUGGGCGGUGACUGCAUUCACCACGCGUGGUGGCCGCGAGGGAGAGCAAUUCAUCCCAGCCAAGCCCCAAAGAAACAGGGAGCAGGUGUUUGCCGCGAUUAAGCCGCCGCUCCAGACUCCCGCAUCCCUUGUCGGAGUGCCCGGGUUCAAGCCCCAGCUCCACUUCCAAUCCUGGCUCCCUGGGAGGCAGUGGCGACGGCUCCAGUAGUCGGGUCCCUGCCCCCCAGUGGGAGACUGGAUUGAGUUCUGGCUCCUGGGUGUUUGGGGAGUAAGCCAGUGGAUGGUUCAUCCCCAACCCCAUGUGCAAUAAGGUAAAUUCUAAAUGUACUUUAAAAUACAGAGGAAGCUUCACGAAGCUAAGAGUCGCAACUCACCAGUGCUGAAAGGUGAACUGAAACAGAUACCUACUGGGUGCACAAUCUGCUUCAGGCUGGGGGUGGGAGCGUAGUCAGCUUACCAGAAACCAGAACCCGGGCGAGCCCCACACUUACCUGCUGGGAACCCGCCCUAAGGAAACGCUGGGUGGCCCGGGCAGCAGGGACAGGGACAGCAAAGCUGGGACACCCUAACCGCUCCAUGCCAAACAGCCCUUCAGAGCAGUGCAGGUUUCUGUCCUGAGAAGACGCCACGUCACGUCAGGUGACACGCAGUUCCUAAUGUACACAGUGAGUGUAUACAUGUGCAUGGCCCACGGUGCUCCAGCUGCGGGUGCUUCUAGGCCAGCAGUAAGGGUGGAUGGGGCCGGUGCCGUGGCCUAUCAGGCAGCCGGCAUCCCAUGUGGGCGCUAAUUUGAGCCCCAACUGCUCCACUUCCAAUCCAGCUCCCUGCCAAUGUGCCUGAGAAAGCAGCGGAGGACGGCCCAAGUGCCUGGGCCCCUGCACCCAUGUGGGAGACCCGGGUGAGGCGGCCAGUCGCAGCCAUUCUAGCCAUUUAGGGAGUGAGCCAGCAGAUGGAAGAUCUGUCUCUCACUCUUAACUCGGCCUUUCAAAUAAAUAAACC